CGAUCAUCAAAUUACGGAGUUAUUCAGACUCGCCUUCACUUAGCCUACCCCUAUUCAUACUUCCAGCUUAUUACAAACUCAUAUUCAAUCCACGAUGAGAUUCAACUACUUCCUCUCGGCCUUCUUGGCUACGCUUACCAUCGCGAGCCCCAUCUCCGCCGGCGUUGAUGUUGCCGAGGGUGCUAACUUGGUCACCCGUGGAGAGACGGUAGUGGAGACACCGGAGUACAAAGCGGCUAUCAUACGUCUCCCUGAAGCGGUACAGAAUGGGUUCUACUACUUCAUUCAAAAGGAUAUGCUCGGUGCAAAGAUCCUGGAUGGGGAUGCAGAGACCCUCAGCGAGCUAGAGCAGCAGCAGAAGAUCCUUGGGUUCGAGCACAUCGGAGUCGUAGUAGGACAGAUCAAGUUUACCAAGGUGGAAAACAAAAAAACGGGUGACAGUACGGUCACCAAGGACUUUGUGGCAACCUACUAUCACAUGACCAAGAACGUUCGUGGUGAGGCUCUUGUACAUGCGCCGAAUUGGAAAGCAGGUCUAGUAGACUUCACCAAGUCGAGUCUGCAGUUUGGAGGAGACACCAAGGCAAGGGGGCUGGAAAAGGCUAGGACCGCCCACAAGGAAUACCUCCUGGAUCCAGCCCAUAAGAUGUACAACAUCCAGAAAAACAACUGCAACACAUACGCUCAAACUAUUCUCUAUGCGUUUAGAUGAAGACAUGGUUCAAUGUUGCAGCAUGAAGUUGUACAGUGAAUCCUAGGGUUGAUGGUUAUCGCGUUGAGAAAAUUUUUUUGAACUUUCUUUUCUGUCUUGUAGAGGCUUCAAGCUAGGUCGCAGGUUAUGAAGUGGUUAGCAGUUGGAUACUAGGUACUAGAUAGAUUGGCGAUAUCGCCGUACAUUCUUUUCUCUUCGUGUAAAUACUCGCCCUUUUAUAUAAGUGGCUACUAUCAUUCUUUUACAAAAUAUCAUUAUAUUCUCAAUUAGUA